UUUAUCACUCUUUUCCAAGAAUAUUAGGGGUUCAAAGCAAUAUUUAAUCACUAAGGACCUUAGCUGGAGAAAACAUUAGUAGAGCCCUCUUCCAUCUCUAGGGUUCUGUGAUUCUGUUUGGUAUCUCUGACUUUGGAAGCCAAAGCCAUCUUUGAUGGUGCUGCCAUCCACCCUCCUGACUGGGUUUCCCUUUCCUCCCAGAGCGGACUGUCCCUUUGCGCAUCCUCUAUGAGAAGUACGGACACUGCUUGACUCAGGACAACAUGAUCAAGGUGACGGCUCUCCUCACUGACCUCGGCACCCAGGAGGUGGUCCUCGGCAUCCGGAGCAUCUACAUCAAGAACCCGGAUAUCAAAAUCAGGGUCCUGGGGGAGCCGAUGCAGAAGCGGAAGCUGGUGGCCGAACUGACGCUGACCAACCCACUGCCCACCCCUCUGACCGGCUGCGUCUUCACCGUGGAAGGGGCCGGACUCACGGAUGGACAGAAGGUCCAGGAGAUUGAGUCUCCCAUCGGUCCGGGCGAAGAAGCCAAAGUGAGGGUGGACUUUGUUCCCCGACGGUCUGGUUUGAGGAAAUUGGUGGUGGACUUCGAAAGCGACAAGCUGAAAGGGGUGAAGGGCUACCAGGACGUCAUCAUCGCUCCACCACCCAAGUGGAGCAGGCCAUAAAAAGAAGAGGGUGCCUUCUGUGUUUGUCUUGCCAAGAUCCUUUGCAAUGUGUCUCCUGUUUAGCAAGAGGGACAAAAAUCCCAGGACCGAAGGAGACCCAGACGUGGACACUUGAAAUCCAACCCAACAUUGCAAAUAUGCUUCUUUCCCCCAUGUUUAUUACCCAGAUAUGGAAACUGUUGGCUCAAUUUGUUUUUCAUAAGAUGCAUCUACAGCUUAGAAUGGAUGCUGCCAUUGUGGUCUGAGCGUAAAAAGUGCUUCUGGAGGCCCUGCUUGACUUUAGAGAGGGGAACCCUCUCUUCUUGCCACCAAACACACAAUAGGUCAACAAAGACGCACAAGCAUCUCAUAGAAUUAUAGAGUUGGAAGAGACCUCAUAGGCCAUCCAGUCCAACCCCAUUCUGCCGAGAAGCAGGAAUAUUGCAUUCAAAGCACCCCUUGAAGGGACCAUAAGCCAAAAAAAUAGUAAACUAUUCCCUAUGUAGCUUUGCCUGUGCAUAUGCCCUUCCCUUCCUGUGAGCUGGUGUCUUUCUCCAGGAAGUUCCAAAGAGAGAAGAAAGCUCAGAGUAAACAAGUCAGGUCAUUGGUAUCACUUGUGCCAAGUAGGUGUGGAAGGUGAGGAAGAGCCUCAGCCAUUGGUCAAUUUUAGAUAAGCCAGAGGUAUAUAAUCUUUGUUUGCUACGCACAUGUUGCGACGGCCAUUUGCAUGGUACAGACCCACUAAAGUGGCUGUUUUGCCUUAUCAUCAGCUGUGAUAACAAUAAAAGGCUUGUUUUAUUGCUCUC